AGGGCCGGACGGCAUGCUGCGUCGUUACUUUUGAAACGAGUGGCGGGGAAGUGCCGUGCACGUCUUUGCUGUCGCUGUCUGCCGGUGGAAGCGCGCUCCUUCGUCUGUAGGCCUGGCAAUGGCGCUGCAGCUCUCCCGGGAGCAAGGCAUCACUCUGCGCGGGAGCGCCGAAAUCGUGGCUGAGUUCUUCUCAUUUGGUAUCAACAGCAUUUUAUAUCAGCGCGGCAUCUAUCCAUCUGAAACCUUUACUAGAGUGCAGAAAUAUGGACUCACCUUGCUUGUAACAACUGAUCCUGAGCUCAUAAAAUACCUAAAUAACGUGGUGGAACAACUAAAAGAUUGGUUAUACAAGUGUUCAGUUCAGAAACUGGUGGUAGUCAUCUCAAAUAUUGAGAGUGGCGAGGUCCUUGAAAGGUGGCAGUUUGAUAUUGAGUGUGACAAGACUGCAAAAGAUGACAGUGCACCCAGAGAAAAGUCUCAGAAAGCUAUCCAAGAUGAAAUCCGUUCAGUGAUCAGACAGAUCACAGCUACAGUGACAUUUCUGCCACUGUUGGAAGUUUCUUGUUCAUUUGAUCUACUGAUUUACACAGACAAAGAUUUGGUCGUACCCGAAAAAUGGGAAGAGUCGGGACCACAGUUCAUUACCAAUUCUGAGGAAGUCCGUCUUCGUUCAUUUACUACUACGAUCCACAAAGUAAAUAGCACAGUGGCCUACAAAAUUCCUGUCAAUGACUGAGGAUGAGAUAACGACUAUGAUGUACUUGUCAUUCUCAGAUGUGGUUUUCCUGGAACCCAGUGAACUAUAGUUGAUACAUUUUGUUUCAUUGGUUAAUUUUUAGAUGGGGAAAACUUAACAUACUUCUAUUGAACUGUGCAUAAUUGUUUCAUUUUUUGGUGCCUGUAUGACUUUAUACAUGGUUGACUUGCAUUAUUGCACACUAUUCAAAAGGAAACUAGCAGAUACAUCAGCAUCGUUAUGUCAGUUCCUUCGACGGUGGUAACCGUAGAUGGCAGACUUGUUAUACAGCUAAAUGCCUUCUUAAAUCAGACCUUUGUUGGUCAAGUACCUUGACUCAGAAUAUAGGUCGGAAGAUGUUUAAAUAUAAAAUACAGCAAAAGAAGUCUGAAUAUUCUAAGUCUUUGUUUAGAUCCUGAAGUUAUCUAGUGAGAAUCCAUAAGUAAUGAAGUAUCACUCCUAUUAGAUCCUUUUGCCAUUUAUUUCAUUUGUAUAGUAUCUAUAUUGAAAACAUUUCCAAUUAUUUGAUUUUAAUUUAUAUAAUCUGAGCCUACAAAUGUAUGAAUAUUUCUACUUUAAAUUCCUAUGAUACAGAACUCUUAAAUUUUUUUUUUAUGUUUUAUAAAAUCAAG